AAGGCUCGGCAUCCAAAUGCUCUGAAAGCAAUCCAAAUUCCAAGGCGUACCAAAGUGACAUUUCUUUCUGUUUGUUUUGUUGUCGAAUGUUUAAAGUUUAUGGCGCGAAUUGGGUCAUUUUUUUCUGAAUUUCGUAGUUUCCUAGUCUUUAUUUAACCAUGCCUGCAGUUCUGAAGCAUAUCGAAGUUGAUAACUUCAAAUCCUACAAAGGAAAACUCAUAAUAGGACCUCUGAAGUCGUUUACGGCGGUUGUUGGUCCAAAUGGAUCUGGAAAAUCCAAUUUCAUGGACGCUAUCAGUUUCGUUAUGGGUGAAAAAACAAGCAGUUUACGAGUAAAACGGUUUGGCGAACUUAUUCAUGGAGCGUCCAUUGGAAUGCCAGUUGCACGGACUGCAUCAGUGACUGCAGUAUUUGAAUUAGAAAAUGGCAGUGAAAAGAGUUUUAUGCGUUCAGUGCACGGUUCUUCCUCUGAACAUCGCAUAAAUGGAAGUGUUGUAACCAGUCAAGCCUACUUAACCGAAUUAGAACAUCUCGGUAUAAACGUAAAGGCUAAAAACUUUCUCGUAUUCCAAGGUGCUGUAGAAUCAAUUGCCAUGAAAAAUCCUAAAGAGAGAACAGCUUUAUUUGAAGAAAUCAGUAAUUCCGGGGCAUUGAAAGCCGAAUACGAAAGACUAAGAACCGAAAUGUUGCGCGCUGAAGACGAAACUCAGUUUUCCUACCAAAAGAAGAAAGGAAUUGCCGCCGAGCGGAAGGAAGCGAAACUGGAAAAAGAAGAAGCCGAGAAGUAUCAGCGAUUGAAGGAAGAGUAUGGCGAAAAGCAAGUGGAACUCCAACUUUUCCGUUUAUUCCACAAUGAAAAAGAAAUUCAGAGCUUGGAGGACACGCUACAGAAGAAGAAACACGAAGUGGAAAAGGUCGAAAUGAAGAAGGAAAAAGCGGAGGAGGUUGUGAAAGAGAAGAAGAAAGAAGUUGGCAAGCUUGGACGUGAACUCGCAAAAAUUGAACAAGACAUCAGGGAAAUGGAAGUGGAGAUCACGAAGAAGAGGCCAACUUUCAUCAAAGCAAAAGAGCAGGUUGCUCACAUGAAGAAAAAAUCUGAAUCUGCUCGUAAAUCAUUGACUCAAGCCAGAACUGCUAACGAAGCUCAUAAGAAAGACAUCAAUGAGUUGCAGGAGGAACUUCGCCAGGUGGAAGAAGCUAAGGCUGAAUACGAGGCAAGUAUUGCUGGUCAGUCUCUGCUGCAAGGAAGAGACGUUCAGCUUGAAGAUGAACAAGUUAGCGAGUAUAAUCGAUUGAAAGAAGAAGCAGGCAAACUAGCAGCCAGGUAUCUUCAAAUGCUCGAUUCCAUCAAUCGAGAACAGAAAUCGGACCAGGACAGACUCGACAAUGAAGGCAGAAAGAAAACGGAGAUAGAGAAUAAAAUCAAGCAAAAAGGACAAAAGAGAGAUGAAGCGAUGAAGCGCGUUGAGAAAUUGGAAGAACACAUUAAAGCUUCAGAAGCUUCUUUGGAGGAACAGAAGAAAAUAAAAUCUGAUUUGCAAACUGAUUGUGGAUCUUCCAAAGACAAGAUUCAAAGUCUCCAACAAGAACUUGAAAACAUUUCUGAACAGCUUGGAAAUGCGAAAGUUGAUAAGCAUGAGGUUUCGAGGAGCAAGAAGAGAACUGAACUUGUGGAGAAUUUCAAGAGACUUUAUCCCGGAGUUUAUGAUCGAAUUAUUAACAUGUGCGAGCCGAUACAUAAUCGAUACAACGUUGCUAUCACUAAAGUUUUCGGGAAAUUUAUGGAAGCCAUCGUUGUUGAUACGGAAGCGACAGCUAGACAAUGUAUUCAGUAUUUGAAGGAGCAGCGUCUCGAUGCGGAAACCUUUUUGCCUUUGGAUUAUAUUCAAGCCAAGCCUCUGAGAGAACGUCUUCGGGAUAUCCAGGAGCCAAAGAAUGUAAAAUUGCUUUACGACGUGCUUCGCUUUUCGCCAAGGGAAAUCGAGAGGGCCGUUCUUUUUGCGACGAACAAUGCUCUAGUUUGUGAAACACCAGAAGAUGCCAAUAAAGUUGCAUAUGAAAUGGACGCAAAUGCGAGAUAUUCUUGCGUCGCCCUCGAUGGAACUUUUUAUCAGAUGGGUGGUAUUAUUUCUGGCGGUAGUUUGGAUUUGGCGAAAAAGGCUCAAAGGUGGGAUGAUAAACAAAUGUCGCAACUCAAAUCUAAAAAGGAAAAAUUAACAGAAGAAUUAAGAGAGAUGUUAAAAAAAUCUCGUAAGGAAUCUGAACUGAACACGGUUGAGUCUCAAAUCCGAGGUUUGGAGACACGUUUAAAGUACAACAAAAGUGACUUGGUUGCUACCAAAAAGCAAAUCGCGGAAUUAGAUACUGAGUUGAGUGCAUUGGAAAAGGAAUUGAAGAAGUUUGGGCCGAAGAUUGCAGCGAUCGAAAAGACAAUGGCAGCAAGAGAUAUGAAGAUCGAGGACAUCAAAGAGAAGAAGAACAACGUCGAGGAUGAUGUAUUUGCCAGUUUCUGCGAAUCGAUCGGAAUUUCAAAUAUCCGCCAAUACGAAGAGAGAGAAUUGAGAUCGCAGCAAGAAAGAGCGAAGAAGCGAAUGGAAUUUGAAAAUCAAUGCAAUCGUAUCUACAGUCAGUUGGAUUUCGAAAAGCAGCGUGACACAGAAAGUAAUGUUUUGAGGUGGGAACGCGCAGUGCAGGACGCAGAAGAUCAGUGGGAAUCUGCCAAACAAACUGAAGCUAAUCAAAGAGCAGAGAUGGAAAAUGACGAGACUCAGAUUGAGAAAUUAAAGUCGCAGCGUAAUAAUAAGAAGAUGGAAGUUGAUGCAAAGGAGGAAGAAAUGGGAAAGUGUCGGCGGGAAGUUGGAACAAUCGCUAAAGAUAUUAUAGCUGCGCAAAAGCAAUUUAAUUCAGUCGAAAAUAAAAUUGAACAGAAAAAAUCUGAGCGCCACAAUAUUCUGAUGAAUUGCAAGAUGGAGGACAUUGCGAUUCCGAUGCUUCGCGGGAACAUGGAAGAUAUUGCAGGCGAGACGACUUUGAAUAAUGAAACAACAAACGAUUCAAAUUUGAGUAUGCAGCAACAACAGGAGCGGGAAAAUCGAAUCACGAUUGAUUAUUCAUCUCUUUCCGACCGCCUGAAAGACAUUGAUGAAGACGAUUACAAAAAAACAUCUAGUAAAUUGAACAAAGCUAUUACUGACAUCCAGAAUACGAUGCAGCGCAUUCAAGCCCCCAAUAUGAAGGCUAUCCAAAAAUUAUACUUGGCUAAAGAAAAACUACAAGAGACGAAUGAGGAAUUUGAUCAGGCUCGUAAAAAGGCCAAGAAGGCAAAGACGCAGUUCGAAAAAGUCAAAAAGGAACGACAUGACAGAUUCAUGGCAUGUUUCGAACACGUCGCAAACGAGAUAGAUCCUAUUUACAAGAGUUUAGCGAAAAAUUUAUCAGCCCAAGCUUUCUUGGGUCCGGAAAAUCCAGAAGAACCCUAUUUGGAUGGAAUUAAUUAUAAUUGUGUCGCUCCUGGUAAGCGAUUCCAGCCCAUGUCCAAUCUUUCGGGAGGAGAAAAAACUGUGGCGGCUUUGGCAUUGUUAUUCGCAAUUCACAGUUUUCAGCCGGCGCCUUUCUUUGUACUUGACGAAAUCGAUGCUGCUUUGGAUAAUACGAACAUUGGAAAAGUCGCAAGUUAUAUUCGGGACAAAACUAGUUCUCUUCAAACUAUUGUGAUUUCUUUAAAGGAAGAAUUCUAUUCUCAUGCUGACGCACUUAUUGGAAUCUGUCCUGAUAUUGGAGAAUGCUUGGAAAGCAAAGUACUGACCCUUGACUUGACGAGUUAUCCGGUUUAAAUUUUAUUUUCAAAAGUUAAUUUUUAUACCGCAAAAUGAUUCCUAACAAUUUUGCGACGUUUAAUUUAGAUUCUGUCUAGUGUUUCAGAAUUUUGCGUAAGACCAAUAAUCGAUCAAAUAUGGCGCUAGGCUUGUUUUAUGGAAAAUUCCGUAAUAGUAUACAGUACGGGUAUUUUAAUAUAUUCAUUUUGAGUAAUUAUUUUAAGCAUGCUGUACAAUUAAUUGCAUUUGCAGCUGUCACCUUUUGAUUGUCAUGCAAAUGCAUACAAAUAAUAAAAAUUUACUGUAGGA